AUGACGGGGCAGGGUAAAACUGGUUUCUUCAGCGGUUUCGAGCCCGUCGACACUGUCCUUGAUUUCCCACCCACCUACAGCAUCGAGAUCAAAAACACUGAUCCCAUUUUUUUCUACUGCUCAGCACCAGGGUCUUGCAUAGGCUAUGGCAUGGUGGGCGUUAUCAAUCCGAAUGCCACGACGAGCAUCGAUCAACAUUACAUGCUCAACCCUGGCGAGCCCUUCCCACCGGAGAGUACUCACAAGACACCCAAUUCUGGCCUCACGAACAACGACACCCAAAUUGAUCUUUCAGCGGGCGCUAUCGCAGGCAUCUCGAUUGCAGGCGUCUCUGUCUUCGUCAUCGUGGCCCUCCUGUACUUCUUUUGGUGCCGCACAAAGAGCCUGAAAGACGAAGUCGACGGAAAAGCAGAAGUAGCUGGAGCUCCCCGUCUAGAUCCAAAUAACAGGGGUCCACCAGCCAUGGUGGAAAGAGGUCCCAACCGUUCUACUGCCAUGGCCGGCAACGGAGGUGACUUUUAUCAUCAAUACCCGCAGAGAUCUAUGCUAUCGUCGCCCAUGGCAGAUCCCGCCUAUCCACAGUACAACUACAACCAACCCUACAAAUCGGCAGCACCAUCUUACUACAUGCCACAGCCCCCUCCUUCGCAUUCGCCGCCACCGCCACCGCCACAGCAGUACCAUCCCCAUCAGUACAAAUAUGACAUUAACGCACUCAUCGACCACCGUAUGCAUACGUUACCUCCCAUCCCACAGCAAUCCCCACUCGACAUCCACGAUGCACUCGCCCACCGCUCCGUAGGCAGACCAUACGAACUCUCACCAUUGGGAGAUUGCAUGCGCAGUCCUCCAAACGACCGUCACCACGACAAUCACGACUACAGCCUUGACUCGAACGUUGCCGGUGACACUGACGUUAUAUCUCCGGCUCCUUCCGUUCAUCGCUACGCAUCACCACCACCGCCGCUCCGCGUCCUUGACGAGACGAUACCAAGUUACUACGAAACGGUGUACAGGCCCGAUCCCAAGCAUAUUAAUGGCAUGGGGACAAGCCCUAUAGAGAUGGACGGAAGGGCUUUGGCGGGGAAUGUCACGCCGGUGAGAAUGGUGGCGGCGAAGUGGGAGGAGGUUGGGGAGAAGGCUGUUGGCAGUGGAGGGACUUAG